CAGUUUUGGUCGUGCAGAUCGAUUUUGGCUAACUUGCAAAGGAUUGUCGAUUGUUUUUGAGCGGCCAAGCUCAGCUGUGUUCAGAUUGUGCAUGUUUGAAGGAGCGACCCAUGAUAGUUAUGUUUGCUUAUUUUUGCCUUCAGAGAUGGGUUGGAUGCGCGGGAUGCCAUGAUGUGCUUGAGCGAUGGUGAAGAAAUGCUGCACCGCGCUUGCUCAUUUCAACACACGAGAGGAGUCCCUGGUCACCAACGGCCACAUCCUGGAGGUCGUCAACCGUUGUACUCGGCAUCAGAGAGCUCUCACACGGUGUGCAUCACGUUGGACGGAGAGGACUAAGGACCUCUGGGACUGCGGAGCAUGCGACUUUCGUCCCAAGCGCAUGAGAGAUCCGGGGGAAAGAGGUGCAACGAGGAUUCCCUUGAGAAGCGCAUCACGUGUUCGGUGCGAUUUCUCACAGAGGUCCGUUUUUCGAUACUGCAUGAGUAUGCGGGAACAUCAUUUGGCUGAGGAGUGGAAUGUCUACUGCUGCGUGGCCUCCUUGGUUUGUGUACCUGAACUGCGGCAAGUGCUCAACAGAUGCGAGCUGCCACAUGACACCGCUGUGGCACCAAAUGCCCAGUGUGAGCCAUGGGGUGAUAUGAUGAGAUGUCUCUACAAGCAGGGCUUGUUCUUGCGCUGGGAUGGCCAGAGUAACUCGGUGUCUCAGAAUUCUACCCGCCACGGUGGGAGCCGUUCACAGGCCGUGCCAAGACCCUCCAUCGAAAGUCCCCAACUGCUUUGUCUAAGACAUUUCCACAGAUUGUGCUGGAAUUCGACCUUAAAGCAUUUGGCGCUACUAGGGUGGAGGCCAUCGCUACUAGGCCACCGCUACGUUAGGUUCGCUACUGGAACGUCUUGUGACCUUUCAGGUCGUUUCAGGUCGUGCCUGGACUAUUGCGAAAGAGCACAUUGGGAACACUGGUAUACCCAUGGAUACCCCAUAUCUCCUGUGAAACCACUCGAUACUGACACUCUUUGGAUCUGUUGGCUUCAGACAUCUUGCAUGGCUAGGAGACUGCCGGACCUACAAGUAGCACCUGGCCAUUUUGCAGACCAAUUCCUGAGUCCGCCAAGAAGGAUACGCCUCAAGCUGAACAAACCAAACCAAAAGAUUCAGAUUGAAGGCCAUCGCUAGUAGGUUGGAGGCCAUUGCUUCUAGGUUGUUGGCCAUUCAGAUUCCAACCGAUUCGCUUUCGAAGGAAUAUGAUAGUCCAUCGGCAAGGCUUUCAGAGUCCAUCUCGUGACUGCCACCAAAGCACUCUCGGUGAAGGCUGCCAGUCUGAGUGGAUCAGCAAAACGAACGGCCAAAAGAGCGAGUUGGCCAGAUCCCGCCGUUGAAUCGAGGAAAGCUCGGACGGGCGGUGU